GCUUUACGACAACUUGCACUACCCCUCCUGGCCUACAAGAGUCAGUACAGAGCAGUAAAACAGGUCUUCUGGUGUGAAGGGCGACAACGAAGAAGAAUGCUUGGGCAAUCUCUCGCCACGAUUAGCACACAUAUACAAAUCCAUAUGCUCUUUAAGGCUAGAAUUAUACAAACGCGGUUACUUUCAUACCUGCAGUCGUUUCCGUCUCUUCAAUUUUUUCUUCAACCACCUUGACAAUCAACGACCCUGGGUCACUGUUGCCACCUUGAGGAACAAUUAAAUAGUGCAAAAGAAUUAAAUGCGCAUGUGCGGCCUGCGCGUACGCGCGCUUAGAAAAAUCGGGCGGCGUGUGUACUCUGCUGCUGACGAAAUUUGCGUCACUCGUACUCGUAAACCGUGAAGCAUACUUUCUACUUUAAACUGAGUCAUACUUUUGUCUGUUAAUUCUUGAUCUGGUUUUACAAUCUCGGUGCUUUUAUAUAAACUACACAGCGUUCACGUCAUCGAUUUCCACAACCGACAGAUCCCGCGCCUUGCACUAUGAUUGGCUCACAGCUUAUACAUCUAAGCCAAUCCAGAAGCAGGGGGCGGAUACUGUUAUUCUGUGCUCUCUAUAGAGGUGGGGUUGAGUCUCCAGUCUCUCCAGAGUCUCCUGAAGCCUUAAAACAUUUCAGUUCGCUUUAUCUUCACUUAUAAUCAGAAGACGGUUUGCCAUGGCUGAGCGCGUGCUUGUUAUCGGGAGUGGUGGGCGCGAGCAUGCGCUGGCGUGGAAGCUGGCUCAGUCAACUCAUAUCCAGCAAGUCCUAGUUGCCCCUGGCAAUGCAGGCACAGCCAACUGUGGAAAGAUCUCCAACUCAGCUGUGAGUGUGAGUAAUCAUGCCAUCCUGGCACAGUAUUGCAAAGAUCAUAAUGUGGGACUGGUGGUGGUUGGCCCAGAGGUUCCCUUAGCUGCAGGUAUGGUGGAUGAUCUAACUGCAGCAGGCAUAAUGUGUUUCGGGCCUUCUGCAAAGGCCGCACAGCUGGAAGCUAGCAAAAGUUUUGCUAAAAGUUUCAUGGACCGUCACAGCAUCCCCACGGCCCGCUGGAGCUCCUUCACUGACCCCCAGGAGGCCUGCAGCUACAUUCGAGAAGCGGAUUUCCCAGCACUAGUGGUUAAAGCCAGCGGACUGGCUGCAGGGAAAGGAGUGAUAGUAGCAAAGGAUAAGGAUGAGGCCUGUCAGGCAGUACUGGACAUCAUGAAGGAUAAGACAUUUGGAGCUGCAGGUGAUACUGUGGUGGUUGAAGAACUGCUUGAGGGGGAGGAAGUUUCAUGUUUGUGUUUCAGUGAUGGCUCCACAGUGGCUGCUAUGCCUCCAGCACAGGACCAUAAACGGCUGCUAGAUGGAGAUCAGGGUCCAAACACCGGGGGAAUGGGGGCCUACUGCCCCACCCCACAGGUGCCCGAGGAGAUGCUUCAGCAGAUUAAAACCACUGUACUACAGAAGACUGUAGAUGGCAUGAAACAAGAGGGCGUGCCGUAUGUUGGUGUGCUCUAUGCGGGGCUCAUGUUGACUAAGCUGGGGCCAAAGGUGCUGGAGUUUAACUGCCGAUUUGGUGAUCCCGAAUGUCAGGUGCUGCUGCCUCUCCUGAAGAGUGAUCUGUACGAGGUGCUGAAGAAUACGCUUCAGGCCAAACUUGCUUCCAGUCCUCCUAUCUGGCUAGAAAACAGCGCUGCAGUGACUGUCGUCAUGGCCAGUGAAGGAUAUCCGGGAGCCUACAAGAAAGGAGUCGAGAUCACGGGGCUAUCUCAGCUCACAGAAAUGGGGCUGCAGGUGUUCCAUGCUGGCACUGCCCUAAAGGAAGGGGGUGGAGUUGUGUCUAGCGGUGGGCGUGUUCUGACGGUCACAGCGGUUUGUCCCACUUUGGAGAGUGCCCUGCACAGCGCGAAUGUGGGUGUGGCCGCUGUGGGCUUCCCAAAUGCAGUGUAUCGUCGUGACAUUGGCCACCGUGCCAUCGCCUACCUCACUCGUUCCAGAGGACUGACUUACAAGGACAGUGGAGUGGACAUAACAGCAGGGAACAAGCUGGUGGACAUGAUCAAACCUCUAGCCAAGGCCACAUCUCGCUCAGGCUGCAAUGCUGAGCUUGGAGGCUUUGCUGGGCUAUUUGACCUAAAAAACGCUGGAUUUGUUGACCCCAUACUCGUUGCUGGAACCGAUGGAGUUGGCACCAAACUUAAGAUCGCACAGGCAUACAACAUCCACAACACCCUUGGCCAGGACCUGGUAGCCAUGUGUGUGAAUGACGUUUUGGCUCAGGGAGCAGAGCCACUCUUCUUUUUGGAUUACUUCUCUUGUGGGCAGCUGGACGUGGGCGUGGCUUCCUCUGUGAUUCGUGGGAUUGCGGAGGCUUGCCAAAUGGCGGGUUGUGCCUUACUGGGUGGUGAGACGGCUGAAAUGCCAGGAGUAUACAGUGCAGGAGAGUAUGACCUGGCUGGGUUUUGCGUUGGUGCUGUGGAACGUGACUCCCUCCUCCCCAGAUUAGGAGACAUUCAGGAAGGUGACGUGCUAAUUGGAGUAGCCUCCUCCGGAGUGCACAGCAAUGGCUUUAGUCUAGUGAGGAAGAUUCUGGAGCGAGCUGGACUUCAAUAUAGCUCUCCAGCUUCAUUUGGACAACCAGGACAAACUGUAGGCGAGGUGCUGCUCACACCAACUAAAAUUUAUAGCCGCCUUCUCCAAUCAAUCCUGCGCAGUGGAGCAGUGAAAGCCUACGCCCACAUCACUGGAGGCGGGCUCUUGGAGAACAUUCCUAGAGUUCUGCCUAAAGAGCUGGCUGUUGACAUGGAUGCCAUGCAUUGGCGGAUUCCUCCCGUGUUCUCCUGGCUCCAAAAGGAAGGUGCGCUCUCUGAGGAGGAAGUGAGUCGCACGUUUAACUGCGGCCUCGGAGCGGUGUUAGUCGUGGGCAAGCAGGAUGCACAGAGGGUCCUAAGACAAGUGCAGGCCCAGGAAGAGGCUUGGAUUGUGGGCUCAGUCGCACACAAACUGCCUGGUGCAGAAGCUGUGGUCAUUAGAAACCUGGAGCACAGUCUGAAAGCAGAUCCCAGUCUGUCUGUUGAAACCAACAUUGCUCAGAACGGCGCACACCAAAUAAUUUCCAGCUCUCGCAGGAGGACCAAAGUAGCUGUGCUUAUCUCAGGGACAGGCACCAAUCUGCAGGCACUGAUGGAGCAGACCAAGAAGCCAUCAAGUUCUGCUGAGAUUGUGGUGGUCAUCUCAAACCGGCCAGGCGUGCUAGGUUUGAAGAGAGCCUCUAUGGCAGCCAUUCAGACACGGGUGGUGGACCAUAAGCUCUAUGGCAGUCGUGCAGAGUUUGACAGUACUAUUGACCGUGUUCUGGAGGAGUUUGGAGUGGAACUGGUGUGUCUCGCUGGCUUUAUGAGAAUCCUCACUGGGCCUUUUGUAAGAAAGUGGAAUGGCAAGCUGCUGAAUAUCCAUCCAUCACUGCUGCCUUCCUUCAAAGGAGUGAAUGCACAAAAGCAAGCACUGCUGGCUGGGGUUCGGAUAACCGGAUGCACUGUGCACUUUGUGGCUGAGGAGGUGGAUGCAGGUGCCAUCAUCGUACAGGAAGCUGUUCCCAUUCUGACAAACGACACCGAGGACAGUCUAUCAGAGCGCAUCCGGGAGGCGGAGCAUCGGGCCUUCCCCACUGCUUUAGAGCUUGUAGCGAGUGGAACAGUGAGACUUGGGGAAGAUGGGCACAUCAUCUGGAACCAGUCAGGAUAGAUGUUGGGACUUGAGCUUAAUAUAGAGUUAAGAGCUAAUGCAGUAGUGCAUAGACAUGGUCCACUGGUAACAGUACCUCUGUCCGUGACUCUGAAUUAGUCUCAAUUACACUGAGUGAGUGUUCAUUUCAUCUCAUUUCAGAUGUUGAUGCUAGUGUGUUGUACAUUUUCCUCUGUAGAGUUUUACAAUGAGUAAAACUGUUACAACCGUACAUUGCCAUCACGUAUUACUGAACAUUCCAUACUGAAUCAAGAAAGUAGUUAUAUUAGUAACUUAGCUGCUUAGCUGCUUUAGUAACUUAAUUAUGAGUCCACUUUACCCCUUCCUCUUAUUGUGUUGAGCAAUAAGUACUUAAAACCCCACUUGGGUUCGCUAGAUGAAUUGCAUGGCAUGUACAAAGUCAUCAGUUUCUCAACAACUGAAAGAAAUACAACAGUUAUGGCUGGUGAUAAAUUGCAGUUAACUGUUAAUUGUUCUUUGCAUGUAAAAGCCGAUAUUGUGACACUGCCUGGUCCGGAAUAUUAUAUUACAUCUUGACAACUUGAUCUUACUAUAUUAAUGCAGAUUCUAAAAAUAUAUCAAUGUAUAACACCAAUGCUUCAAUUCAGAUCCAGAGGUGAACAGUUUCACAACAUAACAUGGUCAAAUGGUGUCAAAAAAUGUCAAACUUUCCUGUUUUGGUGUCUUGUUGCAGUUAUUCUUUUCAGAUAGAGAUUGUCAUUUCUGUUGGACCAAAAUAUGGAGUUAUGAAAUUAGUAGUUAUGAAAUAUUGAGCAAAUGAUGAGGUGUGAAGCUUUUACCUUCUUUCUAGUUAACGCUAUCAUUUCUCUGUUUCUCUGUUUGUGAUGGACUCUCAGCAUGACAUGUCUCUCUUCUCAAAAAUAAAUGCUUCCAUUUGU